AUGAGGUGCAAGCUCCACCCUUACGCCAACCCCGUGGGCGUGUGCGCGCCCUGCCUCCGCGACCGCCUCCUCGCGCUCGCCGCCGAGCGCGCCCAGGCCGCCGACGCCAGCAGCGACGGGGGCUGCGGGAGCAGCAGCUGUGGCGGCUCGCCCCCGGCGCCCCUACUACACCUGCCCACGCGGCGGCACCAGCACCAGCACGGCCACGCCGAGGAAAGGGCCGGGGCGGCGUUCCCGCGCUCCGUCUCGCCGUACGUGCAGCACCGACGCUCCGAUGCCUGCGCUUACGCGACCUCCUCCUCCUCGUCCGGGUACCACCAGCACCAGCCGAACCUCCUCUUCUUCCGCACGCCGCAGGUCGGACCGGCCGCCGCCGCCGCGGCCGCCUUUCGCGCCGCCGACGAGCCCGGGGAGGAGACCGGCGGCAAGAGGAAGCAGGCCGCGCCGAGGCCGUCCUUCCUGUCAGCGAUCUUCGGCGGCGGCAGGCGGCACGGACGGGAAGCAGAGGCAGGCAGGAAGGAGCCUCCCCGGCGGUCCACCUCGUGGCUCUCGGCGAUCAUCCGCCGCAAGCGGAGGCCGACCGACUUGCCCGCGGCCGCGUCCUUCCCGGCGCCGCCACGGGCGCAGCAGGACGAGGAGCCUGAGUCCCCCGGAGGCAGCAGCAGCAGCUGGUGGUUCCCCUCGCCGUCGCUGGCCAGACAGCAGCAGCACCGGGGCCGGCACGGCGGCGGCGGCGCUGGCGCGGGCGCCAGCGGGGACGGGAUCUCGGGGUUCGCCGUGUGCCUGAGCCCGCUCGUCCGGCCCAGCUCCGCCGGCGGCCGGCGCCGGUGCCAGCCGCCGGACCCCUCCACGAUGGGAGACAGCCACCGGCGACACGCGUCGGCCGGAGGCGCCGCGUCGUUCGGGCGCAACGCCUCCCGGAAGCUCGCUGAUAUGGGUAGGUUCCGAUGA